AUGGAUGAGGUCGACGCUUUCAGGGAACGCAUCACAGCAGAAGCAGAAGAUCUCGUCGCAAAUUUUUUCCCAAAGAAGUUACUGGAACUUGACCACUUCCUCAAGGAUCCAAGCAUAAACAUCGUCGAGCUGAAGGAGAUCCACUCGGAGAUCAACCUGACCGUACCGGACCCCAUCCUUCUGCCAAACCUCCACGACGGACUGGAAGCGCAAAACGCCAAAAAGAGGAAGCUGGAGGAUGGAGGCGGGGAGGACCUGGUGACUGGCACCAAGGUCUUCGUCAUGCCUGGCGGAAUGAUGAAGAGCAACGGCAACCUCGUUGAACUCAUCGAAAAGGUCAAGCCUGAGAUCAGGACGCUCAUAGAGAAGUGCAACACAGUUAAAAUGUGGGUUCAGCUCCUCAUUCCCAGGAUAGAAGAUGGCAACAACUUUGGAGUGUCAAUCCAGGAGGAGACGGUAGCCGAGCUCAGAACAGUUGAAGGGGAGGCGGCGUCGUACCUCGACCAAAUAUCAAGAUACUACAUCACAAGAGCAAAGCUGGUUUCUAAAAUAGCUAAAUAUCCACACGUGGAGGACUACCGGCGCACGGUAACAGAGAUCGACGAGAAGGAGUACAUCAGUCUGAAGAUCAUCGUUUCAGAGCUCAGAAAUCAAUAUGUAACGUUACACGACAUGAUCCUGAAGAACAUCGAGAAGAUAAAGAGGCCCCGGAGCAGCAAUUCUGAGGCGUUGUACUGA